AUGAGGAAACAGAACACCAUUCCGUCUCAUCUGCAUCUUCUUAUGCUUCUUCUUGGAUGUUUGUACAAUGGAGAACUCUGCAUGAGCUGCAGUGAGAGUGAGAGAUUGGCACUUGUCAAGUUCAAAGCAGGGCUUCAAGAUCCUCACCAACUUCUAUCUUCAUGGGAAGGUGAUGACUGCUGUACAUGGGCAGGAGUUCAUUGUGACAAUGAAACUUGGCAUGUUGUCAGCUUGGAUCUUCAGUAUCACCAUCUUUAUCAUGGCCUUAGCAAUGGUGGAAGACUCAGUGGUGAGAUUAAUCCUUCUUUGUUUUCUUUGAAGCAUUUGAAUCACUUGGACUUGAGUUCUAAUCAUUUCAAGGGAACAGAGAUUCCCAGUUUCAUUGGUUCACUCACUGGUUUGAGUUAUCUGAAUCUCUCUAAUGCUGGUUUCAUUGGGAGGGUUCCUCCUCAGCUCGGUAAUCUCACAAGCUUGAUUUAUCUUGAUCUCAAUUCAUUCUAUUCUAUGCAUGAUUUGCAUGUUGAUGAUAAUUUUCAAUGGCUUUCUUUCCUUUCUUCUCUGCAAUAUCUUGACAUGAGUGGAGUUAAUCUUGCUAAGAUUUCUUCUGAUAAUUUGUUUCAUGCUGUUAACAUGCUGCCUGCUCUUUCUGUUUUGAUUCUUCCAAACUGCCACCUUCACUGCAACAAUCAAAUCAACUCCACUUUCCCUCUCUGGCUAACUAAUUCCAGCAGACUUGUUUAUCUUGAUCUCUGGUUCAAUCACUUCCAUGGGGUGAUACCUGAAGCCAUUGGUCAAAUGAAAUCUCUGGAGGUCAUUCAGCUUGGAUUCAAUCACUUUGCCGGCCCGCUACCAACAAGCAUCAGAGACCUCUGCAACUUGCACACUUUAGAUUUCUCAUUCAAUAAUCUCAGUGAAGAUACGAGCACACUGUCAAGAAUUUUCUCUGGAUGUGCUGGUGAUACUAUUGAGACAUUAAACUUGAGAAACAGUAAAUUGAAAGGGGAGUUGUCAGGCUGGUUGGGAAUGCUCAAGGCUAUAAUCACUCUUGAUCUUAGUAAGAACUCGCUUUACGGACCGAUUCCUAUUUCUAUUGGAAACUUAUCAAAUUUAAGAACCUUGUAUCUCACCUCGAAUAGAUUCAACGGAAGUCUUCCAGAGAGCUUUGGACAACUCUCAGAGCUGAAAAUUCUUGAUAUUGCUUACAAUUCAAUUAGUGGUGUUAUAUCCCAACAACACUUCGCCAAUCUCUCAAGUCUGGAUACUCUGAGCAUGAGUUACAAUCCAUUAGUAGUGAACAUCAGCAGAGACUGGGUACCUCCUUUCCAUCUUCUAGAAAUUGCUCUUGUAUCGUGUCAACUGGGACCAGAAUUUCCAGCAUGGCUCAGAACUCAGAAAGAUUAUUCAGUGCUUGAUUUGUCCAAUACUGGAAUCACAGGUUCAUUGCCUGACUGGUUCUGGGACUUGCCGCAUAGCAUUGCACUUCUUGAUCUCUCAAAUAAUCAGAUAACUGGAACUAUACCCAAGUCUCUCAAGUUCUUCAGUUUAUGUCUCAUUAAUCUGAGGUCAAAUAAAUUUGAAGGCCCAUUGCCUCCUCUGCCAUCUAAUGCAUUAUAUGUUGAUCUUUCAGAUAAUUCAUUUUCAGGUGAUCUUCUUCCCAUUCUUGGUGAAAAUAUACCAACAUUGGGACAUUUGUAUCUUUCAAAUAAUCUCUUAAAUGGUACGCUUUCUGCAUCAAUAUGCAACUUCCAGCUGAUGCAAGUCAUUGAUAUCUCCAACAAUUUUAUCUCUGGUGAGCUUCCUGGAUGUUGGCAAAAUCUGUUCUUCUUGGUGGCUCUAAAUCUGGCAAACAACAAGAUAUAUGGAGAAAUUCCAGUUUCUCUUGGUUCUCUGAAAUUGAUUGAAGUUCUUCACUUGGGGAACAACAAUCUCUCUGGAGAAAUCCCAUUGCCUCUGAGAAACUGCAAGAUACUUGUGACCCUUGAUCUUGGUGGCAACAAGUUAUCAGGAAAUAUACCAGCGUGGAUCGGAGAAAGUAUGCCAUUGCUAAGGAUACUCCGUUUACGAGCUAACAUGUUGCAGGGUGACAUCCCUGGAGAAUUAUCCAAUCUAGCAUCAUUGCAAAUCUUAGACCUUGCUAAUAAUAACUUAUCGGGAGUUAUACCUCAGUCUUUCGGCAACCUUUCUGCGAUGCAACUCACGGAUGAAGCAAGACAGAGUAUUCUGGACGGAUUUCAUGGCCUAGUCAUCACAAGCAUAGGGAAUUAUAGCAUUUCCGGUUAUACCGACAGCUUGUCAGUUAUCACAAAAGGAAUGGAACUUGAAUACAGUAAAACACUUGAGUUUGUGACAAGCAUGGACCUUUCAAGCAAUCAGCUUUCGGGUGAAAUACCACAGCAAUUAGGAAAUCUUAAUGGGAUACAAAAUCUGAACUUGUCCGGAAAUCAUUUGAUAGGUGUGAUUCCAGAUUCAAUAGGUGACUUAGUGUCAUUGGAGUCAUUUGAUUUAUCAAGAAAUGAACUUUCAGGAGAGAUUCCUCCGAGCAUAUCUUUUCUUACUUCGUUGAGUCAUCUGAACCUUUCGUACAACAACUUGUGGGGUAGAAUUCCAACAGGUAACCAGCUGCAAACUCUUGAUGAUCCAUCGAUAUACAUUGGCAAUCGUGACCUCUGCGGCCCUCCUUUGACAGUAAAAUGUGGUCAUAAUGAAACACUUGCCUUCGCUGUUGAAGGAGAUGAUUCUGAUGAGAAUGCGACAUUAUGGUUAUUGUUUGGUGGUGCCGUGGGAUAUGCAUUGGGUUUGUGGGCAGUAUGUAUUUGUUUGUUCAUCAAAGAGGCAUGGAGGAAUUCAUAUUUUGAUGUAGUUGAUUAUAUGCAUAAGAAGCUUCUUGCAUUCACUGCAACAAGUAUUUAUAAUUCAGCAGGCGUCAAGGAUGAAAUAGAUGGAUGAUGAACAAUGUGAUGUAUCUUAACUUCAGCACUGCACAAGCCAAA